AACUCCGCCAAGGCAGUGCGAGGAAAGGAGGACUUAGUAAGCACGACGUCGUUUAAGAAACGGCAAAUCUUCCACAUCGCAAUCAUCGCCACUGCGACCGUAUUUGCCUUCCACCACACUCCAACAACACUCGUUUUCUUCAACGGUUGAACCCUCAGCUCACCGAUCCUCUCCUUUCCCAACAAUUCACCGCUCCAAAAUGGGCAAAUCCGCCUCCACCACCGCCGCCGCCGCCCUCGUCCUCCUCCUCUUCUUCAUUUCCCCAUCAACCGCAGAGAUCAAAACCCUCAGCAUAACCUCCGACACCCGCCCCAUGAUCCUGCUGGAGAAAUUCGGCUUCACCCACUCCGGCCACGUGUCGAUCGCGGUCUCCUCCGUCUCCGUGGUAGCCUCAGGUGGGUCCCAGCCUGAUCCUUCACGAUUAGGGUUUUUUCUUCUGAGCGAAGAGUCCCUCCUCCAAGUCCUGACCGAGAUCCAGCAAAACCCUAGCUUCUGCGUCCUCGACUCCCGCUACACCAUGCACCUCUUCACCUUCCGCGAACUCUCUCCCCCUCCCGCGGCCACCGCCAACCACACCUACCCCGUCACAAUCCCCAACGAAUACUCCAUCUUCUUCGCCAACUGCGCCCCCGAAACCUCCGUCUCCAUGCUCGUCCACACCGAGCUCUACAACCUCGACGCCGAUUCCGAACACUCCCGCGACUACCUCUCCGCCGGCAAAACCCAUCUCCCCACUCUCUUCUCUCUCUUCUCCGUCGCCUACUUCGCCUUCCUUGCCCUGUGGAUUUACAUCUGCUACUCCAACAAGCUCUCACUCCACCGGAUCCACCUCCUCAUGGCGGCGCUCCUCCUCAUGAAGGCCCUCAACCUCCUCUGCGCCGCCGAGGACAAGCACUACGUAAAGGUCACCGGCACCCCGCACGGCUGGGACGUCCUCUUCUACAUCUUCCAGUUCAUCCGCGUCGUCCUCCUCUUCACCGUCAUCGUCCUGGUCGGCACUGGCUGGUCCUUCCUCAAACCCUUCCUCCAGGAGCGCGAGAAGAAGGUCCUCAUGAUCGUAAUCCCUCUCCAGGUCCUCGCCAACGUUGCCUCCGUCGUCAUCGGCGAAACCGGGCCCUUCAUCAAGGAUUGGGUUACUUGGAACCAGGUCUUCCUGCUUGUCGACAUUAUCUGCUGCUGCGCCAUCAUUUUCCCUAUUGUGUGGUCCAUCAGGUCGCUCAGGGAGACCUCCAAGACCGACGGGAAGGCAGCUAGGAACCUGGCCAAGUUGACCCUCUUCAGGCAGUUCUACAUUGUUGUCAUUGGGUACUUGUAUUUCACCCGCAUUGUGGUCUUUGCGUUGAAGACCAUUGCCGCUUACAAAUACCAGUGGGUUAGUAAUCUCGCCGAGGAGGCUGCUAGUCUCGCGUUUUAUGUUGUCAUGUUCUAUAUGUUUAGGCCUGUGGAGAAGAAUGAGUAUUUUGUGCUCGACGAAGAGGAAGAAGAGGCUGCCGAGAUUGCGCUUAGGGAUGAAGAAUUUGAGCUUUGAAGCAAUCUGGCUAUAUAACUAAAUAUCAGUGCAAUAUGGUUUCAUUCAUUGAUGACUUGGAGAAUUGAUGUUUAGAGCAAGUGAGCAUGCAAUUGAACAAGAGUGCUGCCUGGAUCCAUUUUUCUUAUACUAAUAGAGUACCUUGAAGCAUAGCAAGGAUUGAUUCAUGAUGGGCAAGUGGGGGGUUUUGUGGCUAACUAUAUCUUCUAACUAUUCACUUGUUUAAUGUAUGUAUGUUUUAUUUGCUCCUGGUUUAUACUUGUUCAUUUUUUGUGAAAGAUCUGCUAGAAAUGUUGUUGAUUUAAGCGUUUAAAAAAUAAAUUGUGCAGAGUCAUAUAAAAUGGAUAGUUUAUGAAGAGUUCCCGCUUGAAACCUCAAUUUCAAACUAAUCACUUUUAUGUUUGUUCAUAUCUCAUGCGUGAACUUAUCCUUGUUUGGGAAAAAAUCUGGACAGGACAUUGUAAAAGUUGGCCAGGUUGGCUUUUUUUAUA